AUGCCUUCAAAGACGAAGAAGCAUUCAAAGACUGCCUCAAGGCUGUCAAUUUCUGACCAGUCUCCUUCUCCUCAAACACCAUCAUUGAUAUCUUCUCAAGAUAUAGAAAUCAGUGAACAAGAUCUCAUCCUAUCUUUGGAUGAAGCAUCAAGAAGAUUUCCUUCUGUGAUUGGUAAAUCUGCUUUCAUUGGUCAAGUCACUGAUGUUGAGAUGGAAUCUAGAAGUUCUAAAAUUUGGCUUUCAGAGUCUUCCAUGGUUGCAUCUUCGCUUUCCCCUGGUUCCAUUGUAUCGGUUUCUCUUGCUGCUUCAAAGAGAAUAUUGUCAAAUAGCUUUCCUCUUUGCUCAAUAUCGGAGGAAUGUACUAGGCAGUUUGAUGCUGAGGCUUUGGAUGAUGAAAAAUCUAAUGAAUUAGGGAACUACUUUGCUUUUGCUAUGGUCUUUCCCUCUUGCAAGGUUUUGAAGAAUGGAGUGCGGUUGUCUUCAAGCCUUUCAUAUACAAUGGGCUGUCCCACUUCAGGAAGGAUUGUAUUUGUUUACCCUGUACAAAGUCAAUAUCUAUCUGGUCUUGUAAAUGGAGAUAAUAAUCUGUAUGAUAGAAAAGUUGAUAGUCUCACAGUUCAAAAUUGCUAUGAAUUGCACUUGGAGCUGGUUCCUAUCAGUAAGAGAGUAAAACUGAGCAGUAAUAUGAUGUCCACGAUGAAUUCCGCAGAAAAAACACAUGGACAACCACAACCUGAAAGUGGGAAGAUUUCAUCCCCUAGGACACCAUUGCAUCAGGCAAAGCUGAGCUCUGCUAGUCCUACUCAAUCAGCUUCAUCAAGAUGUGAAGAAACAAUGCCUAAUUUAUUUGAUUCAAUUAAUACUUGUGUUAAUUCAUUUGAUAUCAAAGAGGUCUUAAAGGAUGAACAUGCCAAACAACUACUGCAAUCUUGUGUUGCUUCAUUGUUGUUUUCUCGUAUUCUAUUAUGUGGAAAUCUUGUGGCUAUCCCUAUUCUCUCAGAGCUUUGCUUUUUCCUUGUCACAAGUGCCAAUAAAACAAAUCAAGAUUUGCUUGAAGAACGAAAUAGUAUUUAUACACUAACUCCUGAAUCGGCAGAACACAUGAAAUAUGCAUUUUACAUAAAUCGUGAGACGAAAGUAUAUUUACAUCUGCCAAUGAAUUCAGUAAUUGAAACUCUCCCAAAGAGUGGAGUUCCAUCUAUGCAAAUUGAGCAUGAGCGUUCUGGAAACAUCAUCAGUGAUAUAUCAAAAUUAGGUGGUCUACAUAAAGAGUAUGCCGUUUUGAAGGAAAUAAUUAUGUCAUCUAUGAAGAACUCUCUAUUGAGUCUUGGUUUACGGCCUACAAAGGGAGUGCUUCUUCAUGGCCCACCUGGCACAGGAAAGACUUCUUUGGCUCGACUAUGUGCAUUUGAUGCUGGAGUCAACCUUUUCUCUGUGAAUGGUCCUGAGAUAAUAAGUCAAUAUCAUGGAGAAAGUGAGAGAGCAAUUCAUGAAGUUUUUGAUUCGGCUAGUCGAGAUGCACCUGCUGUGGUUUUCAUUGAUGAAUUGGAUGCAAUUGCUCCUGCACGAAAGGAUGGAGGUGAAGAACUAUCUCAAAGAAUGGUGGCCACAUUAUUGAAUUUGAUGGAUGGAAGUAGGAGUGAUGGAAUACUUAUUAUCGCUGCUACAAACAGACCUGAUAGCAUUGAACCUGCAUUGAGACGACCUGGAAGACUUGAUAGAGAAAUUGAGAUAGCUGUUCCAUCUCCAAGACAACGACUCGAUAUACUGAAUACUCUUCUCAAUCAAAUGGAGCAUUCGCUUUCAGAUAUGCAGGUUCAAGACCUCGCUGUUGCUACACAUGGCUUUGUGGGUGCUGACUUAACUGCCCUCUGCAAUGAGGCUGCCUUGGUUUGUCUCAGACGUUAUACCAAGUCCAGAAAUUCUUAUAACGAUUUGCAUUCCAAGGGAUCGCCUAUUGCAUUUGAAGCUCAUUCUGGCACUGUGAUAAAAAGAUCCGGUUGCCCUGGUGAGAUGCAAGAAACCUAUGCAGUUUCUGCAACUUCAGAUAGCAUUGAGAAUGGCACUAAUUCUCAGGAGGCUUUUGUGGUGGAGGAAGAAAAUAUCUUAAAAGUUGCUUUUGAAGAUUUUGAGAAGGCCAGGAUGAAAGUGAGGCCCAGUGCCAUGCGAGAGGUAAUACUUGAGGUUCCGAAAGUUAAUUGGGAAGAUGUAGGUGGCCAGAGGGAGGUAAAAGCUCAACUAAUGGAAGCAGUGGAAUGGCCUCAAAAGCACCAGGAUGCAUUCCAGCGCAUUGGCACCCGUCCUCCAACAGGGGUUUUAUUGUUUGGUCCUCCUGGUUGUAGCAAAACUCUUAUGGCACGUGCAGUAGCUUCUGAAGCUGGACUGAAUUUUUUUGCAGUGAAGGGUCCAGAGCUUUUUAGCAAAUGGGUUGGUGAAUCAGAGAAGGCUGUAAGAUCCCUAUUUGCAAAGGCCAGGGCCAAUGCUCCAUCAAUCAUAUUUUUUGAUGAAAUUGAUGGCCUUGCUGUUAUUCGUGGGAAGGAAAAGGAUGGGGUUUCAGUUUCUGAUAGGGUGAUGACUCAACUUCUUGUCGAAUUGGAUGGUUUACAUCAAAGAGUUAAUGUCACUGUUAUUGCUGCUACAAAUCGCCCUGACAAGAUUGAUCCUGCACUUCUGAGACCAGGACGCUUUGAUAGGCUGCUAUAUGUGGGGCCUCCAAAUCAGAUUGAUAGGAAAGAAAUAUUUCAGAUCCAUUUGCGUAAAAUUCCAUGUAGUUCUGAUGUCAGCAUAACAGAGCUAGCUCAUCUUACUGAGCGCUGUACUGGAGCUGAUAUAUCGCUAAUCUGCAGGGAAGCAGCUGUAGCAGCCAUUGAGGAGUCCAUUGACGCUUCUGAAGUAACAAUGCAACAUUUAAAGACAGAAAUUAACCUCCAGCCAUCAGAGAUUGAAUCUUAUCAAGAACCAACUAAAUUUCAAAGGCUGGUUCACUCUAAUCAUAUACGUGAUGAAUUUGAAUACCAGAAUUGCUCAACUCAAUCAAAUCAAUUCUCCAUCUGGCCCCUGAUAAAAUCCCCCAUACAGUCCUUAUAUCAUUUCCUGAUUCCAGGCUCAAAAUCUGCUUCAUUUCAUUGGUCAUAGUGCACAGCAUAUCCCUCUCGCAAGCAGCAAUAGACAUCUAAAUCCCAAUAGAGUGGAAAGUUAUACCAAUUGCCACUCUGAGCAUGAUCUUUUGGUGGGGGAGCUCCAGCAUUCUGUUAUCCUAUCGUACUGGUAAUACCAUCAAAUACUUCAUGGACAUAUAAAAUGUAACUGCAGUAUGAGAUAGGAACCAACCAAAGUUUUUCUAUGUUUCUAGGGUCCCCUCCAAUCUAGUUCUAUUAAAUGCCUGUUAUCCCCAAUCCCCAGCCAAUUCAAGCUUUUCCUGCACAUCUUUUUUAUGGAAACCCGAAGUUCAAAUCCCAGACUAGUGGAGUCCUGCAAGAUUGUCAAUCCGUAUGUAAAGUUUCAGUGAGAAUAGAAGAAUUGGGAGAAGUAGAUUAAUCAGAGGUGCAACCAAUGUACAAACAUUUUUGCUUUUGCGAUUUUAUUUUUUCCUUCAAUGGUUCUAAUUUAUAAUAUUGAUUUUGUGCUGCAUUCUUCCAAGUGAUAAUGGCUUUAGAUUACUACA